CACGAGGGUUUACUCCAUGAAGAAGAACUUGCCAUAAGACGAGCACUCCAAGCAUCCUUGACUGCCUCAAAGACAAAGACACCUGAGACUUACAAGAAUAGCCCACCAAUACAUCACAAAAACAACAAAAUUARCAAAGUUCGCAGACUGAACAAUGAUGACAACCAUUUGACUGAUAAUAAACUUCAAAAUAAUAGAAAAACAAGACCAAAACUUAUUAGCCCAGAUAGUCCACAUGCAACUGUCAAGAAAAGACCCAAGAUGAUAAAUGAUGAUUCUCCAUCCUCAAGAUCACGAAGUUCCUCUGCUCAGUCGUCAGACAGUGUUAACACCACAAGUUCAAACUCCAAGAUGGUAUCUUCAGCAAGCUCACAAACUCAGCAAAAAUGCACUAAAAUUGUUAAGUCUCCUCUUAAGUCACCAAAAAAGGAGAAACUUGGCGUGAGGGUAAGGAAGAAAAUGAUGAAAAAGAARUUCAAGGMUGCAAAACAUGGUAGUGACUGUGAAAGCACAAUGUCAGGUUCAACUGUAAACGAAGUAGCUUCUUUGAAAAAGACAAGAACAAGAAAGAGAAAAAGGAAUCCAACUUUUGUCCAGAAAAAGUUUGCAUCAGUAACACCAUCUCCAUCCAAAAUGUCUGUGUCCACUGUCGAGAUAGAUAGUACAGUACCACUAGCUAAAGCAGAAGAUUUUAUUGAUUUUCUUUGUUUAAGAGGUCAUCCGCAAAUGCCAAAAGACUUAGAGUUCUUUAAUAACCCUAAUAACUCACCGUUGUGUGAUGACGACUUCCCAACUAGUCCUCCGUCUUCAUCGUUAUCAGAGCUGCCAUCAUCACCUUCACCAUCACUACCUACUGUAACAUCAGUUGACUCACCAUCCUGUGAAACACCAACCUUUGAUCCAUUGAUUGGUUGUGAUGAUGAACUACAUGCUAUGAGRAUGUAUGCUGGUGUUGAAAACAAACGCAAUGCUGUCGAUGAGCAAACAAGCUUCAAGCAAGAAAUAACUGUAUCUGAUCUUGAACAUGAAGAGGAACCUUUCAAGAAUGCCAAACCUGUCACUCCACCCCUAUCAUUCAGAGUUUCACCACGUCCAGCACCCCCCUUGCCCAAUGGAAACWGCUUGAGUGGAUCAAAAAUCACUCCUUCCCCAGCUCCAGUAAUGACCAAGACUUCAUCAUCAACUAUCAACACAGAUAAUGUGUUUUACCCUACUCUUGACAGUCCUGCUUUUGGACCUCCUCCUUUAAUGCUUGGUCAAGGAAAGGCUACUGGUCCAGGGGGGUGCUGCUCACCACCACCUUUGUUGUAUAUUCCUGCWGCUGCUCAAAGAGUAACUCAUCUUCAUGGUCCACCAAAGCUUGAGAGGGUCAAUCCCAUUUCUGAUGGUACAACAACUAUCAACAACGAACCACCACUUCUAGAACGCAUUGACCAACCCCGUCCUGAAAAUGUGAACAAACAGUCACAGCUCAAUAUUCAAAAUAGAACAAGUAGUAGUUCACAUGAUGGAUCCUCCAUUAGGACAGCGGGAAAUCAACAAAUGAAUAAUCUGAAAGAGCAUCUUUACAUUGAUCAAUCAUCAUCUGCUGUUGUSUGCACUACGGCAAMUAACACUAAAACAAAACAAUCUUCAAUGGAAGAUGUCUCGAAACARACUCCCAUUGAUAGCUACACCAGGAACACAAAGAGCUGUCCUUUACAYAAUUCUAGUGAUCUUUCUAGGUUGGAGCAAGCCAAAAAUGUUCUYAAUACUAAUGCUAAUGAUCCAUACACAUCUGGUAGUCCAAAAACAAGGCCRUCAAGUCAAGGUGCAAAUAGUAGUUUGUCCCAUGUGGGAUACAACACUAGAAGCCAUGAGGYAUGCUCWGUGGUAACACAAARUGAGAURGGUAGAAUAGAGUCACCUGAUUCAACCAUUAGCCUAGGAACYAGUUCRUUACUUGAAAAUCUUCAGAGGGCACAUGAUAGAGUAAGUGGUCUKAUGUCACCAUUAGAAACGUCCCCUUCAAAACUGCAGUCUUUCACUCAUUCAGGACAAAAUACUGUUAUUCAUGAAGCUGUCCAAAUGAACCWUGCUUCUACAUUAUUACGAGAAAAUAACCAGAUACCAAACUCUCCAAGGAUGCCACCACCUAUCUCAGAACCGUUCACAGGUCAUACAACAGGCAAUGUGAUGCCAUUUGAGCCACCUAGUAGAGAAGCUCUAACUCCUCCUUGGUCCCAUCUUCAUGCUUCUUAUGACAAGUCACCAACUCCUCCUAGACCAUACACUUUAUCAAUCAACAGUUCUUAUAACCCUGGCAGUCAGAACCAUGUGAUUCCACGGACAAUACCUCUUGUUCCUAAAUUACCAAUUGUUCCUUCAAAUAAACACAUUUCUGUUCCUUUCAAUGAGAAAUUGUUUUUGCACAAACCAGGAGUUAAUCAAAGUUAUAGUAUACCAAGUGCCUUUGUAGACUCAUCUCAAAAGUCAAAUGUAGGAUGCUUACCAUCUUAUCAAAGAGGAGUUAGUAAUAGUGGUUUUGGUAUAAACUUAUCAGAACCGUAUUCAAUGGACAAGAAUUAUUAUUCCACACAAAAAGCAAAUGUGAUAUCCAGUGAAAAUAUCCCUGCACUCAACAGUGAAGUUUGUAGAGAAGACUCAUCAAAUGGUCAAGAGUUGCAAGUAAUAGAUAAACCAUGCUUGGCAAAUGACAGUAGAAAUAAUUCCACUAAUGUUUUGACAAGCUCACAAAAUUAUAGUAAAACAAAUUCUGAAGUCAAAAAACGAAGAGGAAGACCACCAGGAUCAAAGAACAAGAAAACUAUUGCCCUGCUUGACAAAAACAACAAGGAAAGYCCAUCAAGUGCUGAYAUUGUGACGAAAAAUGAAUCCAAUGGAGCAAAAGAGACCGAGGGCACAAAAUCUUCAAAGAAAAAGAAGAUUGAAUGUCCAAUACUUCGUCCCACAGAAGAAGAAUUCAAGGAUCCCAUGAUAUAUUUGAAGUCUAUACAAUCUACACUAGAAAAGUUUGGUAUAUGCAUCAUUGAUCCUCCAGAUGGUUGGAAGAUGGAGAGUCAUUUACCUGGUAAUCCACGAUUCACUACUAAACGUCAACUUAUUCACAGAUUACAGAAAAGAUGGGGUCCAAAUGAGAUCAAGUUGUGUUGUGUAGAAAAACACUUACAGCAGCAGCAGAGCACAUUCAACCUUUCUCAAAUGCCUGUAGUUGGUGGAUGUGAUUUAGAUUUAGCAGAAGUGUCAAGGGUUGUUAUGGAGCACGGAGGAAUGCAAAAGGUUAUUGAUACCAAGAGGUGGAAUAAAGUUGCUGACUUGUUAAAAAUUCCAAAAUCUACACAGGAUCGUGUUGGGAAAGUUCAAGAUGCCUACUGCAAGUAUCUACUAUCGUUUGAUAUUCUUCCUGAGUCAGAGAAAACGUCUUUGGAAAAUGAAGUGAAAAGGGAAAUAGAUGAGAAAGGAGAAAAGGAAGAAUAUCGAAGUCAAUGCACUACAAAGGGUCGUAGUUUUUCCAUGGGUUGCUUUCAACGUACUGCAAGACAUUUUCAGGAUCAUUUCUUCAAGACAGACCCAUCGGUUAAUGACAUUGAGAGAGAGUACUGGAAAAUCGUGCAGUCACGUGACAAGUACGUAGCGGCUCACCAUGUCAAACUCGACACCAAGGAACAUGGCUCAUGUUUUCCUACCAGUAAAUCAGACCCUUACUCAAAGAAUGGUUGGAAUCUCAACGUCCUGGCACACCUCAAGGGAUCAAUACUAAAGCAUGCUGGGAACGUACAAGAUUUGACAGUCCCUUGGCUGAACAUUGAUAUGCUUUUCWCCACAAAACGAUGGACAACUUCUCCACUACAAACAUACCUGAUAGAUUAUUUACAUUCAUCCAACGACAAAGUCUGGUAUGGUGUACCAGAAUCAGACAUCGACAAGUUUCCCCAUACAGAAAACGAAAACACAAACGACUAUGAAGAUGGAGAAUUCAUGGUGUCGCCUUCAAAUUUGUCAAGAGAAACAGGAUUGAAUGUUACCAGACUCGAACAAAAGCAAGGACAAUUCGUUGUUGUUUCGCCCAAGGUAUUCCAUUGUUAUGUCAGCAGUGGCUACUCCGUGUCAGAAACUGUUUGUUUCGCYUUUCCUGACUGGCUAUUGAGAUCGUCGACCAUAGACUCAGGUGUUUUCUUGAAUUGGCCAGGUUUCUCAUACGAAAAACUUCUUAUAAAAAGUAUAGAUGAGGUUUGCAGCACCGGAAGRAAAAAUUUGGAAUGUCUGCUUAGUGAGUUAACACGAAUUAGAGAAAACGAGGUAGCUUUAAGAAAAGAAUUAAAAGAACUAGGUGUAACAGAGAGCACACCGACCAGUACGACGUCAAAAGGGAUUCAGACAAUAGAAACAGCCGAAGGCUCCGUCCAGGUUAACUCCCAUUGCAUGUCAUGUGUGGUGUGUGAUCGACUUUCUCAUUUAUCGACGGUUCUAAGUGAAGAAGAUUCAGAAAUACUCUGUCUACCUGACGCUAUUAACUAUAUCAAGAAUGAAAAAUCUUCGAAGUCUUUUACCAUUGUAACUAACUGUUCUUUGUCUCAGUUGGAUGAAGCUAUUUCAUCUGCAACCAAGAAGCUCAAGAACCUCUGACGUAAGCUGGCAUCACGUGACAAAUUCGCGCAUGCGCAACAAAAAUACUGUGGACAUCUCUCCAAAAGCUAGGAAUUUUUUUCAAUGGUCAAUAGUCAUGAUAUGACCCAGUGAAUGUAACAUAGGAAUUGAUAAAUGUAAUUUUGUUUUGAGAAAAUGGCURAAAAUAACUGCGUUAUUAUCAUGUUGAGUUCUCAAUGAAAUCUUAAUAGGGGUUGCCUGAUUAUAACAGUAGACGCUAAGAAUAUUACAUUACCAUCCACUAUGUGCAAGUAUUUAUGUAUAAGAUUGUAAUUACAACAUAUGCACUAAGAUAUAUUAGGAGAUUUUACAGCAACCAAUUGUAUAUGCACUUUUCUGAUUACCUGCGUUUCUUUUGCUCGCUUCACGUUCAACCAAAGAUUAAUAAAAAUAUUUUAUUGUA